AUGAUCCAGUUAGAAGAUAUUCGCCCACUAGCAAAGAUGCCCUCCCUCUUGUCCACAGCCAUCACCAUUCUGGCUGCCUCUCAGGGGGUUCUAGCAGCCUGCACUAAUCCUUCCGUCCGCAAAUCUUGGUCCGCCCUGACUGACGAUGAGAAGACCUCGUACAUUAGCGCGACCCUUUGCUUGAUGGACCCUGCCCAGGCUCCUGCCAAGACCGGGUAUGCUGGCUCCACGACUCGCUGGGAAGAACUCCAGGCUGCCCACGUCUCUCAGGCUCAGUUUGUUCACUCUGUCGGCGCCUUCUUCCCUUGGCACCGUUGGUACAUGACAGUCCAGGAGAAGCUCCUCCGCGAUGAGUGCGGCUACACUGGCCCCAUGCCAUACUGGGACGAACAGGCUGAGCAAGCCGUCCUGCCCUUGGAGAACGCGAGCAUCCUGAACGCCAGCGCCACGGCCGGCUUUGGCUCCGCUUCCCUUGACGCGAACGGCUGCGUUGUUGAUGGACCCUACACCAAUGUCAGACUGACUCUCGACACCGAGCUCAACCGUGUCGCCCCUGUCUGCCUGAGCCGUGACUUCAAGCAGAAGCAGUACGAUCAGGUCGCUCAGAAGAUUAUCGAUGCAUGCAUGGCUCUGGAGGACUAUGUGAACCUGAACAACUGCUUGGGUGCCUCCCCUCACACUGGUGGCCACUACGCCAUCGGCGGUACUAUGGACGACCCCUCGCUCUCACCCGGCGACCCGCUCUUUUUCCUCCACCACACCAACCUGGACCGUCUCUGGUGGCAGUGGCAGGCUCAGAACGAGUCCCGUCUGACUGAUAUUGGCGGUAAUAACGUCGCUCAGGGUUUCUUCUGGUCUAGCGUGCAGCCCUCCUCCCUCGGUGUCAACGCAUUCCUGCCCUACUUCAAUGACAAUGGCAAUGAGACCACGCUCAACCAUGUCAUGUGGAUGGCUGGUAUUGCCGAGAACAUCACCAUUGCUGAAGUUAUGGACAUCAAGAGCGAUGCCAUCUGCAUCGAGUACCAGUGA